AUGGCUCGCUCGCAGGACUGGAGUUGCCUUAUUAUUAUCGUCGACCCGGUUCAACUGGUACCGUACGUCGCUGGCAUCGUCGUUGGUACAGUCGCCUCUUCGUGCGACCUUCGCGUAACCGGAUUGGGGAGGAUUUUUCACGGACAAACAACAAAACACGCCGAGUGGCCACGCAAGCAGAGAAAGGAGCGAGCAAGGCGGCACUCAUUUAUUCCCCCAAGCGGAUACAAGCGGUUCAACGGACAGACGAAAGCUCGUAUUUGGACGACCGCGCGGCAAAGAGUGACCACCAGCAGUAGCAGCAGGUAG